GUUGAAUACAGACAUCUUCUUCGGCAAUAAUUUUGGGAUGCAUACUGCUUGUGUAUUGACUGGAGUAACGAGUGCAGAUGAUUUGAAAAAUUUAGACGAUUCUGUCCCUAAACUUCGUCCUGAACUUGUGUUCCCUGGCGUCGCUAGCCUGCUCACCUCCUUGAAGCAAGCGCAUCUUUUAAAUUAA